AGAGAGGAGGUAGAUGGGAGGUGGUUGUUAAGAUGAAGGAGGGCGAUGAAGAAUGGAGGAUGGGUGUGGGCGGUUCCACGUGCAGUGUCUCAUUUAAAGCCGUUAACACUUAAUGACCCCACCUUCUUCUCUAACUCAAACCUAACUCCCCCACUCUUUCAACUCGUACAUACUUACUCACACAAAUAAUAUUGUCCAAUGUAUAUUAUAACUUCAGCAUUUUAUUCAUGAUCUCUGCUCCUCUUUUCUUUCUUUGAUCCCAACUAAUUCUCUCUUACCCCCAUUCUGCUUCCAAUUAUUUCUCUUUCUCUCCGCCCUUGCAUGCUGGAAGCACAGAGGAGACCGCCAGCGGCGAUGGCUGCUGCUCGAGGAGGGAAUGGUUAUGUAAAUGGGGUAAGGAGCCCUGCAACUAUAUCCGAAGUGGAUGAGUUUUGUUAUGCUCUUAGUGGGAAGAAGCCAAUUCAUAGUAUUUUAAUUGCAAACAAUGGAAUGGCAGCUGUCAAGUUUAUACGUAGUGUUAGGACAUGGGCUUAUGAAACAUUCGGGACUGAGAAAGCAAUCUUAUUGGUGGCCAUGGCAACUCCAGAAGACAUGAGAAUUAAUGCAGAACAUAUCAGAAUUGCUGAUCAGUUUGUGGAAGUUCCUGGCGGGACAAACAAUAAUAACUAUGCCAAUGUACAGCUCAUUCUAGAGAUGGCAGAGAUAACACAUGUAGAUGCAGUUUGGCCUGGUUGGGGCCAUGCAUCUGAGAUCCCUGAGCUGCCAGAUGCACUAAAUGCAAAAGGAAUAUUAUUUCUUGGGCCCCCAGCUACAUCUAUGGCAGCAUUAGGUGAUAAAAUUGGCUCGUCCUUGAUUGCCCAAGCUGCAGAUGUCCCUACUCUUCCCUGGAGUGGCUCUCAUGUGAAAAUUCCUCCAGAUAGUUGUUUGAUUACCAUUCCUGAUGAGGUAUACAGGGAAGCAUGUGUAUAUACAACAGAGGAAGCCAUUGCAAGUUGUCAAGUUGUUGGUUACCCUGCAAUGAUCAAGGCCUCGUGGGGUGGUGGUGGUAAAGGCAUAAGAAAGGUUCAUAAUGAUGAGGAAGUUAGGGCAUUGUUCAAGCCAGUUCAAGGUGAAGUUCCAGGAUCACCGAUAUUUAUAAUGAAGGUUGCUUCCCAGAGUCGACAUUUAGAAGUCCAGUUACUCUGUGAUCAGUAUGGGAAUGUAGCCGCUUUACAUAGCCGUGAUUGCAGUGUUCAGAGGCGACACCAAAAGAUAAUCGAGGAGGGUCCAAUUACCGUUGCACCAUUGGAGACAGUUAAAAAACUGGAGCAGGCAGCUCGAAGGUUAGCAAAAUGUGUGAAUUAUGUCGGAGCUGCUACAGUUGAGUAUUUGUACAGUAUGGACACUGGCGAGUAUUACUUUUUAGAGCUCAAUCCUCGGUUACAGGUGGAGCACCCUGUCACGGAAUGGAUUGCUGAAAUAAAUUUGCCAGCAGCUCAGGUAGCUGUUGGGAUGGGAAUUCCUCUAUGGCAGAUUCCUGAGAUAAGGCGAUUUUAUGGAAUGGAACAUGGUGGAGGAUAUGAUGCUUGGAGGAAAACUUCAGUUGCUGCAACUCCUUUUGAUUUUGACAAGGCAGAGUCCAUAAGGCCAAAAGGUCACUGUGUAGCUGUGCGUGUGACAAGUGAGGACCCAGAUGACGGAUUUAAGCCCACAAGUGGAAAAGUACAGGAGCUAAGUUUUAAAAGCAAGCCAAAUGUGUGGGCUUACUUCUCCGUUAAGUCCGGUGGAGGCAUUCAUGAAUUCUCAGAUUCUCAAUUUGGACAUGUUUUUGCAUUUGGCGAGUCCAGAGCUUUGGCUAUUGCAAAUAUGGUUCUUGGGCUGAAAGAAAUUCAAAUUCGUGGAGAAAUUCGGACGAACGUUGACUACUCAAUUGAUCUUUUACAUGCCUCUGAUUAUAAAGACAAUAAAAUUCACACAGGUUGGUUGGACAGUAGAAUCGCAAUGCGGGUUAGAGCUGAAAGGCCCCCUUGGUACCUCUCUGUUGUCGGAGGGGCUCUGUAUAAAGCUUCUGCUAGCAGUGCAGCUAUGGUUUCAGAUUACGUUGGUUACCUCGAAAAAGGGCAAAUCCCUCCCAAGCACAUAUCACUUGUGAACUCUCAAGUUUCAUUGAAUAUUGAAGGAAGCAAAUACAUGAUUGACAUGGUCAGAGGGGGGCCAGGAAGCUAUAGGUUGAGAUUGAAUGAAUCAGAAAUUGAAGCAGAAAUACAUACUUUACGUGAUGGAGGUUUACUGAUGCAGCUGGAUGGAAAUAGCCAUGUGAUUUAUGCAGAGGAAGAAGCUGCUGGAACUCGCCUUCUUAUUGAUGGAAGGACUUGCUUGCUACAGAAUGAUCACGAUCCAUCAAAAUUAGUGGCAGAGACACCAUGCAAACUGCUAAGAUAUUUAAUUUCAGAUGGUAGUCAUAUUGAAGCUGACAUCCCAUAUGCAGAGGUUGAAGUCAUGAAGAUGUGCAUGCCUCUUCUUUCACCUGCUUCUGGAGUUAUUCAUUUUAAAAUGUCUGAAGGUCAAGCAAUGCAGGCUGGUGAGCUUAUAGCACGGCUUGAUCUUGAUGAUCCUUCAGCUGUACGAAAGGCUGAGCCUUUUCAUGGGAGCUUCCCUGUAUUGAAGCCUCCAACUGCUAUUUCUGGUAAAGUUCAUCAGAGAUGUGCUGCAAGUCUAAUUGCUGCUCGAAUGAUUCUUGCUGGCUAUGAUCACAAUAUUGACGAAGUAGUGCAAAACUUGCUCAAUUGUCUUGACAGUCCUGAACUUCCUUUCCUUCAAUGGCUAGAGUGCUUGUCUGUUUUGGCAACUCGCCUUCCCAAAGAUCUUAGAAAUGAGUUGGAAUCCAAAUGUAAGGAGUUUGAGGGACUUUCUUGCUCUCAGAACAUUGACUUCCCAGCCAAACUGUUAAGGGGAAUCCUUGAGGCUCAUCUAUCCUCCUGCCCUGAAAAAGAAAAGGGAGCCCAGGAAAGGCUUGUUGAACCUUUGAUGAGUCUUGUAAAGUCUUAUGAAGGAGGGCGGGAGAGCCAUGCCCGCGUCAUUGUUCAGUCGCUUUUUGGAGAGUAUUUAUCAGUUGAAGAAUUGUUCAGUGACAACAUACAGGCUGAUGUGAUCGAACGUCUUAGACUUCAAUAUAAGAAAGAUUUACUGAGGAUUGUGGACAUUGUAUUUUCUCAUCAGGGUGUCCGGAGUAAAAAUAAGCUGAUACUGCGGCUCAUGGAACAAUUGGUUUACCCUAACCCUGCUGCAUAUAGAGAGAAACUAAUCCGGUUUUCACGACUUAACCAUACAAGUUAUUCAGAGUUGGCACUGAAAGCAAGUCAAUUGCUGGAACAAACCAAACUGAGUGAACUCCGUUCCACCAUUGCUAGAAGCCUUUCUGAAUUAGAGAUGUUUACUGAGGAUGGUGAAAAUAUGGAUACUCCCAAGAGGAAAAGUGCCAUCAACGAACGAAUGGAGGAUCUUGUAAGUGCUCCUUUGGCUGUUGAAGAUGCCCUUGUGGGUUUGUUUGAUCACAGUGAUCACACCCUUCAAAGGCGGGUUGUGGAAACUUAUGUCCGUCGCCUAUAUCAGCCCUAUCUUAUAAAGGGAAGUGUCAGAAUGCAGUGGCAUAGAUCUGGUCUUAUUGCUUCAUGGGAGUUUUUGGAAGAGCAUAUUGGUAGAAAUAAUGGCUCUGAAGUCCAAACGUCAGACGAAUCAUUGGUUGAGAAACACAGUGAGAGGAAAUGGGGAGCCAUGGUUAUCAUAAAAUAUCUACAGUUUUUGCCUGCAAUAGUUAGUGCCGCAUUAAGGGAAACAACCCAUAAUCUUCAUGAAGCGGUUUCAAAUGGAUCAGUGCAGCCAGCUAACUUUGGUAAUAUGAUGCAUAUUGCACUGGUGGGGAUUAACAACCAGAUGAGUCUGCUCCAGGAUAGUGGUGAUGAGGAUCAGGCUCAAGAGAGAAUCAACAAGUUAGCCAAAAUUCUUAAAGAUCAAGAAGUAGGCUCCAGUUUGCGCACUGCAGGUGUCGGGGUUAUUAGCUGUAUCAUCCAGAGGGAUGAAGGGAGACCCCCUAUGAGGCACUCCUUUCACUGGUCAGCAGAAAAGCUCUAUUAUGAGGAAGAGCCUCUACUACGACAUCUAGAACCCCCACUGUCCAUCUACCUUGAAUUGGACAAGCUUAAAGGCUACAGGAACAUACACUAUACUCCAUCACGGGACAGACAAUGGCACUUGUAUACUGUUGUAGAUAAGCCAGUGCCAACUCAGAGGAUGUUUCUUAGGACGCUUGUGAGGCAGCCCACAACUAGUGAAGGGUUUACUGCACAUCAAGGGCUGGGCGUGGAAGCACUUCGUACCCAGUUUGCCUUGUCGUUUACCUCGAGGAGCAUUUUGAGGUCUUUAGUUGCUGCAAUGGAGGAGUUGGAGCUUAAUGUGCACAAUGCUAUUGUCAGUUCUGACCAUGCACAUAUGUACCUCUGUAUCUUGAGGGAACAACAAAUAAAUGAUCUUGUGCCAUACCCCAAGAGAGUUGAUGUAGAUGAUGGCCAGGAAGAAGCUGCUGUUGAGAGAAUCUUAGAAGAAAUGGCUAGGGAAAUACAUACAUCUGUUGGUGUGAGGAUGCAUAGAUUAAAUGUUUGUGAGUGGGAAGUGAAGCUAUGGAUGACAUCAUCUGGUCAGGCAAAUGGUGCUUGGAGAGUUGUCAUCACAAAUGUAACGGGCCACACUUGCGCAGUUCAUAUAUACCGAGAACUAGAGGAUUCUAGCAAACAUGGAGUGAUCUACCAUUCGGUCUCUGUGCAUGGUCCUCUGCAUGGUGCGUUGGCAAAUGGAGUCUAUCAGCCCCUAGGAGUUCUUGAUCGGAAACGUCUGACUGCAAGGAGAAACAGCACCACGUACUGCUACGAUUUUCCACUGGCUUUUGAAACCGCCUUGGAACAGAUAUGGGCAACCCAGUUAUCGGGAACUGAAAAACCUAUGGACAUGGAUCUUCUUAAAGUCACUGAGCUUGUAUUUUCUGAUCAGAAAGGUAGUUGGGGUACUCCACUUGUUCCUAUGGAGCGCCGGGCUGGACUCAAUGAUGUUGGUAUGGUAGCAUGGUGCAUGGAAAUGUCUACCCCUGAGUUCCCUUCUGGAAGGACUGUACUGAUAGUAGCGAAUGAUGUGACCUUCAAAGCUGGGUCUUUUGGCCCCAGAGAGGAUGCUUUUUUCUCUGCAGUAACUGAUCUUGCAUGCACUAAAAAAAUUCCAUUGAUAUAUUUGGCAGCAAACUCUGGUGCUCGAAUUGGGGUUGCUGAAGAAGUAAAAUCCUGCUUUAAAGUGGGUUGGUCCGAUGAAGCAAGUCCAGAGCGUGGCUUUCAGUAUAUUUAUCUGAGUCCUGAGGAUUACAAUAACAUCGAAUCAUCUGUGAUUGCACACGAGUUAAAGCUUCCUAGUGGGGAAAUCAGAUGGGUCAUAGAUACAAUUGUUGGAAAGGAGGAUGGUUUGGGAGUAGAGAACUUAUCUGGAAGUGGGGCCAUCGCUAGUGCAUAUUCCAGGGCGUACAAGGAAACAUUUACCUUAACAUAUGUGACAGGCAGGACAGUGGGAAUUGGCGCUUACCUUGCUCGGCUUGGGAUGCGUUGUAUACAGAGGCUUGAUCAGCCCAUCAUAUUGACUGGUUUCUCUGCAUUGAACAAACUCCUUGGCCGUGAGGUGUACAGCUCUCACAUGCAACUAGGUGGACCAAAAAUUAUGGCAACUAACGGGGUUGUGCAUCUUUCUGUCUCAGAUGAUCUAGAAGGUGUCUCGGCUAUUUUGAAGUGGUUAAGCUGUACUCCUCCUUAUGUUGGAGGCAUGCUUCCAAUUUUACGUCCUUCGGAUCCAACUGAAAGGCCUGUGGAAUACUUUCCAGAAAACUCAUGUGACCCACGCGCUGCUAUAUCUGGUGUUGUGGAUGAUAACGGGAAGUGGCUUGGGGGUAUUUUUGAUAAGGACAGCUUUGUUGAAACUCUGGAAGGCUGGGCGCGGACGGUUGUGACAGGACGGGCAAAACUUGGAGGAAUUCCCGUCGGAGUAAUCGCUGUCGAGACACAAACUGUAAUGCAAGUGAUUCCUGCUGAUCCCGGACAGCUCGAUUCCCAUGAGAGGGUUGUCCCGCAGGCUGGACAAGUAUGGUUUCCGGAUUCUGCGACCAAAACAGCUCAAGCAAUAUUGGAUUUCAACAGAGAAGAGCUUCCACUUUUUAUUCUUGCCAACUGGAGAGGCUUUUCAGGUGGACAAAGGGACCUGUUUGAAGGUAUCCUUCAGGCUGGUUCAAACAUAGUCGAGAACCUUAGGACAUACAAACAACCCGUUUUUGUAUACAUCCCCAUGAUGGGUGAGCUUCGUGGUGGGGCAUGGGUUGUUGUGGACAGUCAGAUCAACUCAGACAACAUCGAAAUGUAUGCAGAUCGGACGGCUAAAGGUAAUGUCCUCGAGCCAGAAGGAAUGAUUGAGAUCAAAUUCAGGACAAAGGAGCUGCUCGAGUGCAUGGGUAGACUCGAUCAACAGCUAAUCACUUUGAAAGAAAAAAUUCAGGAAGCCAGAACUAGUGGAACUUAUGGAAUGUCUGAAUCUACACAGCAGCAAAUUAAAUCUCGAGAAAAGCAACUUUUGCCAGUUUACACUCAGAUUGCCACCAAAUUUGCAGAGCUUCAUGAUUCUUCCCUAAGGAUGGCUGCAAAAGGGGUGAUCAAAGAAGUUGUGGACUGGGUUAGAUCCCGUGCUUACUUCUACAAAAGAUUAUGUAGGAGAAUUGCUGAGGCUUCAAUGAUCAGGACGGUGAAAGAUGCAGCUGGUGACCAGUUAUCGCAUAAAGCUGCACUAGAGUUGAUCAAAAAAUGGUAUUUGGAAUCAGAAAUUGCAAGUGGCAAAGAGGAAGCCUGGGUAAAUGACGAAGCUUUUUUUGCAUGGAAAGAUGUUCCAGGGAACUAUGAAGAAAAGCUGCAAGAGUUGAGGGUGCAGAAGGUGUUUCUGCAGUUAACAAACAUUGGUGAAUCUGUACCAGAUUUAAAAGCUCUACCUCAAGGUCUUGCUGCUCUUCUAAGAGAGGUGGAACCGUCAACUCGGGAAAAGUUGAUCGAUGGGCUUCGAAAGGUGCUUAAUUGAUACUGUGAUAUAUGGAGCGUGUUCUACUUGCAAAACAUAGUUUUGUACGUACAGUAUGCUUGUCUUUAAGCCGUACAGCUGUAAGGGCUGUCCGGCUCAGAAAAUGAAUGUAGCUGCCUGUCUUAGGCAACUGUAAUUUAUAAGCAAGAGCAGAACUUGGUGUUAAAUGGAAGAGAAUAGCUGCAGAAGUGUAAAUGUAAGUAUAGGAGAGUAGAUUGGCAUUGUUAAAGGGGAAAUUAGUGAGAAUUGGCAGCCUAUGCUCUCCAUGGCUGUGAUUAUUUUUGACUUGUAAUAAUAAUCUGUGACAUGUAUUAAUCAUUAUUUAUAUAAGGUAGAAUAAAAAAAUCACUAGGAUCUUUGAAAAA